AUGCGAAUCCCAUCUGUGCUUGUCGCCGCAGUGAGCUUGGUCUUACCAGCAUGUCAGGCUGUCUUCGUCGAUGAUGCAUGGAAGGUAGACUGGCACCUUGCCCUCGUCGGCGCACCCCACGAACACACGACCUUCUUCCACCAGCCCGUUGCCGCAUCCAAAGCAUCUUUGCUCUACACUCUCUCGGACAAGACAAUUCUUGGAGCCAUUAAUCCCAAGGAUGGCUCACUCAGAUGGCGCCAGCAACUAUCCCCCGUUAGCAGUUCGACGUCAGCCUUCCUCCGACCCGCCCAGGACCACCACCUCGUAAUCAGCGCCGUUGACGGUCAGGUCGCUGCAUGGAAUGCUGCUGAUGGUCGUCAAGCAUGGUCUGUUGAUCUGCAAGAUGCCACGGUGAAAGACUUGGAAAUUGUCGAGAUACCCGAGGCCAACGAGCAGGGAGGAAGCAAGGAUGCCAUCGUUUUGACUGGAGGUCCUCUGCCUACCGUCCAGAGACUUGCCCGCCAGGACGGUGCCCGAAAGUGGCUCUACAAAGAUGAGAGCGGAGAUGUCCCUUUCCAGCUCUCCGUCUCGUCCACGCACAUCUUCUACAUCUCUCUGCACACCUCGAUGCUGGGAGGCCUUAAGAUCAAGGUUACUUCCUUGGAUCCUGUUACUGGACAUAAGAUUGACCAGUACACAUUGGCCACUGAGAGUGAUCUUGCUUCGACUGCAGAUAUUCUGUCCGUUGGCGCCAACUCGGCCUCGCCCAUCAUUGCAUGGACCGACAAGGCUCGUUCUACUUUCAAGGUCAACGUCAUCGGUUCUAAGACCGUUUCUACCUUCGAUGUCGAAGCUGGCCAAGACGUGCUGAAUCUCUCUUUGCAUGCUCCCUACCACGUCAAUGCGCGCCCCCACUUCCUCGUUCAUUACCAAGCGCGCUCGCAGAACUGGGCCGAAGUCUAUCAUGUCGAUCUCGUCAAGUCUACCGUGUCUAAAGCAUAUUCACUUCCUAAGUUGACAGGCAGCGCCGCUUUCUCUGUCAGUACCUCUGAAGCCAACGUCUACUUUACUCGCAUCUCCGAAGCCGAAGUGACAAUUGUCUCGUCCGCUUCGCACGGUAUUCUUGCCAGAUGGCCUUUGAAGGGUGCUGCAGGUAUCACCUUGCAGGGCGACCAUGCACCUAUUCAUGCCGUGUCUGAAGUGUCUGUUAAGGCUGACACCGUUUCUGCUGCACGCUCCGCAGUCUAUCUGGCGUCUGGCGAAUGGGUUAUGAUUCGUGACGGAACACCUGUUUGGGAAAGACCAGAAGCCCUGAGCGGUAUCAACUCUGCUGUCUGGGCAUACCUUCCUGCUCCUGAAGGUCUUGUGCACGAACUCGAGAUCGAAGGCCACUCCAAUCCUGUUCAGGCUUAUAUUCACAGAGUCAAGAGACACAUUACAGCCUUGGAGACUCUCCCAGCAUAUCUGACAGCUUUACCCGGUCGCAUCGCCGCCAGCGUAGGCUUCGGAGCAUCUGAUACCGAUCUAGAUUCGACAAACAUAUUUGGCUUCCACAAGAGGAUUGUCUGUGCUACCGAGAGCGGUCGCUUGAUUGCACUGGACGCAGGCGGCAAGGGCAACACGGUCUGGAACGUCAAAAUCGACAACAAUGCAGCUCCUUCUCCUUGGCAAUCGCCCAAGCUUGUUGCACGCCCAGAUGGUACAAUUGUCGCAAGCAGCUUUGAUGGUAGCCAGCACAGACUUUUCAACGCAUCUACCGGCGCUGAGAUGCCCUACACCGAACUUGCACUCUCUUCAGGCCUGGACCUUGAUGCCAAGUUUGCUUACGGUUUAGAGGAUGGUAAGGUUGUAGGUGGUCCCAUUGCUGAGGCUGCAACAUGGAAAUUCUCACCUGGUAAUGGUGAGACGGUUUACAGCCUGACCCCUCGUCCACUUGAUGAUCCUGUUGCUUCCAUCGGAAAAGUUCUUGGAGACCGUAAGGUUUUGUACAAAUACCUUAACCCCAACACUCUGCUUGUCAUCACUUCCUCUGAAGCUACGUUGUCGGCCACUGUCAGUGUGCUUGAUGCGUUAUCGGGAUCUGUGCUUUACGUUGCUUCGCACCAAGGCGUGGACGCAACUAUACCCAUCGCCUCGACCAUGUCUGAAAACUGGUUCGCUUACUCUUUUGCUUCGCAACCAACAGCAGACGGCGUCAAGGGCUAUCAAUUGAUCAUCGGCGAGAUGUUCGAAUCACCAUUCUCGAACGACAGAGGCCCCCAAACCGCCACCAAGAACUCAUCAGAGGUGGACUAUAGUUACCAGCCUCAUGUAGUCUCACAGUCGUACCGCAUUCGCGAGCCGAUCUCGAAGUUGGCAGUCACACAGACCAGACAAGGAAUCACAUCGAGAGCCCUGUUGGCUGUGCUGCCUGAAUCCAAUGCGAUAGUUGGCAUCCCCCGCCAGGUCAUUGACCCGCGCAGACCUGUUGGCAGGGAUGCAACCAAGGACGAGAUGAUGGAGGGUUUGAUGAAGUACACCCCAGUCCUUGAGUUCGACCCCAAAUGGUAUCUCAACCACCAACGUGAGGUCUACGGUGUUGAGACCAUUACGACCAGCCCGGCUGUACUUGAAAGUACCAGUCUGGUCUUUGCUUACGGCCUGGAUGUGUUCAGCACUAGAAUUAGCCCGAGUUUCUCAUUCGACAUUCUCGGCAAAGAUUUCAACAAGCUCCAAAUGCUGGCAACAGUAGCGGCACUUGCAGUGGCUACUGUAGCUGUUGCACCUUUAGUGAAACGUAAGCAAAUCAACACAAGAUGGCAGUUCCUGUAG